ACUGCUGAAAACACAAAAUCUUACAGGCACGCUCCCACCCGACCUGAUAAGGUUGCCUUACCUUGAAGAAAUUGAUCUCACUCGCAAUUACCUUAACGGUACAAUACCUACUGCAUGGGGCUCCUCCAAACUCCGAACCAUUUCUCUUCUUGGAAAUCGACUCACUGGUCCCAUCCCAAAGGAAAUAGGAAACAUCACAACGCUCGAACAUUUGGUUCUGGAAUUCAAUAACUUCACUGAAAAUCUUCCUCCACACCUUGGAAACCUCUCUCGCAUUCAAAGAUUACAUCUUUCCUCUAACAACUUCAUUGGAGAGCUUCCUGCAACUUUGGCUAAACUUACAACAUUGACAGAACUAGCAAUUCAAGGGAGUGGUUUAAGUGGGCCAAUUCCUUCUCAGAUUUCAUUUCUGGAAAACUUGGAAACUGUAGACCUGAGCUUUAACAAAUUAAGCGGAGAUAUUCCAGAGACAUUUGAAAACCUAUCAAAGCUGACUUACAUAUAUUUCACUGGAAACUCAUUCACUGGACCGGUACCCGCGUGGGUAGCUGCUGAAGUUAAAUCUAAAGAAAUAAAAUCCAU